AUGAAACUUCAGAUUGAAAAGACACAAGUCACAAACAGAAGCAGAGGAAUCCUGACACACACUCCCCAACACUCCUCAACACUCUCAACACUCCCCAACACUCCUCAACACUCCCCAACACUCCUCAACACUCCUCAACACUCCCUAACACUCUCUAACACUCCUCAACACUCCCCAACACUCCUCAACACUCUUCAACACUCCUCAACACUCUCCAACACUCCUCAACACUCCCCAACACUCCUCAACACUCCUCAACACUCCCUAACACUCCUCAACACUCCUCAACACUCCCCAACACUCCUCAACACUCUUCAACACUCCUCAACACUCUCCAACACUCCUCAACACUCCCCAACACUCAACACUCCUCAACACUCCCUAACACUCUCCAACACUCCUCAACACUCCCCAACACUCCUCAACACUCUUCAACACUCCUCAACACUCUCCAACACUCCUCAACACUCCCCAACACUCCCCAAUACUCCUCAACACUCCCCAACACUCCUCAACACUCCCCAACAUUCCCCAACACUCCUCAACACUCCUCUACACUCUCCAACACUCCUCAACACUCCCCAACACUCCUCAACACCACCAACACUUCCUGCCCUUGUGUCCCUCUAG